AAAAAAAUAUUUCACCUGGGUCUAAAUGUCUACAAAAAAACGGAUGUCUCCGACCGUCCAUUUUGCAUCAGGUCUUUUGGAACGUGCUAAACGUCAAUAGCGCACGCAGAUUUUUUAUUUCCUUCGAAUUCCGUUGAUAAUCGUAUCAAUUAGGCAAAAUGCCGAAAGAAAUCAAAGAGGUUAAGGAUUUUUUGAUCAAGGCCCGCAGAAAGGAUGCACGCGCUGUUAAGAUAAAGAAGAAUCCGGACAACACCAAAUUCAAGAUCCGCUGCUCACGAUUCCUGUACACAUUAGUGGUGUCCGACAAAGAGAAAGCAGAGAAAUUGAAACAAUCGCUGCCACCUGGUCUACAAGUGAAGGAAGUCAAGUGAAAAUGAUGUGAAGCGACAGGAGAAAAAAAAAUUUGGACGUCGUUGUGUUGCCGAAUAACAAGUGGUUUUUGAAUGACAAUUUCGUUGUUUUAUACUUUGUAAGUAAAUGGAAAAGUUGUUCACUUGAUUCACGCAAUAAAAUGGUUUCUCCAAAAUAA